GUCCACGAACGACCCAUCCCCGGUCUGUCAGCCCGUACCGAGGAGCUCUUUCCCCUCGAGCCUGUUAUCGAACGACUUUCAGUUGGCUGUCAACUGAUUUUAAAAACAGCGGCGUCACUAAAUAUUCCUCACCACGUUACAGAGCUCAUUUAAAGACGAACAUUAUAACUAAGACGUUAUUUUUUGUGGUGUACAGACGGACUCAGACCGGAGGAAAAAGCCGAUGACGCCGCUGUGAAAUGAAAUGAAAGAGGAAGUGAAAGUUAAAGGCAGCAGCUGCUUUGGACACGAACCGAACAGAGCGAAGUAACUCUGAAAGUUAAGUAUCCUGCUACGUCUCCUGACCUCAGCAACACGAUGUCAACAGACAACCAGCAUUACUUCAUCCUAACAAAGAAACCUGGUGGUUACUUAAGUAAAAGUCCUGGCCAGAUAUGCUACAUGUCUGUACACAAGUACUCAUCAAAUGUUGUGAGUAAUUAUUCUUCCCGCAAGUUGCCCGUCAUCUUCAUCGAUGCAUAUUCAAGCUUAGAUUAUGAUAUAGAGGUGAGUUGCCUGGAGGAUCUGGGUUUAGAGGAGGCCGAGCUGCUGCAGGCCCUGCCCGAUGAUGUGGAGAGACUGAAGUGGUUCACGGAGGGAGACGCUCUUCGAAGAGCCCUGGGACUCAAAGAGGGCACUGACAUGAUUGUGGACAAAGACGGAGAGAAGCUUAGAGGCGUCAUUCGCUACAUUGGAAGACUGAAAGAGCCAUCCACACUUUCCUGUCCUUUAUCAGGGAGGUUCUUUGGCAUCGAACUGCAGGGUCUGGACAAGGGGAAGGGAAAUACUAAUGGGAUCUACAGAGGGACUUAUAAACAGCUCUUCUCCUGUCCGAAAGAUUGUGGCAUUUUUGUCCCAUUCACCAGACUCAGGCCUGUGGCUCCCAGCUCCUUGUCCCCUUCCGUCCCCGAGCCCUCCGCACAGCCAGAAACAAAGCUCGCUCCCGGGGAUAGAGUCACUUACUUCAUCAAUGACAAAGAUCGCCAUGGGAUGGUGCUGGAUGUGCUGGAAAGGAACGGAAAAUAUUUUGUUCGAAUCUCCACGGACCGAGAUGAGAAUGGAAAGACAGGGGGUGAGGUUGAAUUUCCGCUACAGUCAGUUUUUAAGGAGGAGGUGCCUUCAGAGCCGGAGAGAAUGGACAUUGAUACACCGCCGUUGGAACAAAGCGUUGACAAUCACUUUUUGGAUAUAAACUCUUUGGUUGAGGUGACUUUGGGUGAAGGCAAUUCAUAUGGAAUCAUCCGCUGGAUCGGUACUCUUCCUGAACGGAAGGAUAUCAUGGCUGGACUAGAGCUGGAGGAAGACAAAGGAGUGAGUGAUGGGACCUUCAAAAGCCAGCGUUUCUUCGAUUGUCCCCCCAAGAGAGCUCUUUUUGUGAAGCUCGCCUCCUGCCGUCCUGACUCGCGGUUUCAGAGCCCAACAGCCAAUCGAGGCGAGAGUAUGCUCAAACAGUUAGACACAGAGAAAGAGUCAUGGCACAGCACGGGGAAGCUGGAAACUGUCCCUCCGAUCAGCACGGAGCAGGUUAAGGACAUUUUGAUUGGACGAAUGAGAGGGAUCCAAGGCCACUGCAACUCCUGCUACAUGGACGCUGCCCUCUUCAGCUUGUUUUCCUGCUCCUCUGUGUUGGACUCCAUGCUGUUUAAAUCAACAGAACCUCAAGAUGCCCCGAUUCAGAACACGCUGCUCCAUGACAUUGUUAACCCCCUCCGCAUUAAUGGCUUUGUGGAAGGUCGACACAUCAUGAAGCUCCGGCAGCAGCUGCAGAAACACGGCUACAGUCACUCCUUCACCACAGAUGAGAAGGAUCCAGAGGAGUUCCUGACUGUCAUCAUGCACCACAUCCUAGCACUGGAUCCCCUACUCAAACUCUCAGCAGCUGGUAAAGUGCAGGAGAGUUACUGCUAUCAGAUCUUUUUGGACCAGGAACACAGCCUGGUGCUGCCGACAGUCCAGCAGCUGCUGGAACAUUCGUUCUACAGUUCAGGACUCAAGCUGGCAGAGGUCCCUUCCUGCCUCAUUCUCCAGAUGCCUCGCUUUGGAAAGAAAUUCAAGAUGUUUGACAAGAUCAUUCCCUCUCUGGAGCUGGAUGUCACUGACCUCCUCUCUGAAGGUCCACAGCAGUGCGUGCUGUGUGGAAACUUGGCGGAGGAAGAGUGCACCGCCUGUUUUAAAGAUCCCGUUUUCAGCCAGACGGGAUUCAAAGUCUUCUGCGGGACGUGUUCAUCUCAGAUACACGCUCAUCCUCAGCGCCAGUCCCAUCAACGAGCUCCUCUGAAAAUCCCCAAGGGUUACGCGGGUCGCAGUAAUCCUCCGGCUCUAACCAGAGACAAACUGGAGCUAUUCGCUGUGCUCUGCAUCGAGACCAGCCACUACGUGUCCUUCAUCAAAUACGGACCAAACAGCCAAGACUGGAUCUUCUUUGACAGCAUGGCCGACAGACAAGGCGAGAGAGACGGCUACAACAUCCCGGAGGUUCACGCCUGCCCUGAGGUCGGCACGUACCUGGAAAUGUCUCAAGCGGAGCUGGCCGCUCAGGUGCCUCGUGACAUGAAAGGUGUGGCCAAACGUCUCUUUUGUGACGCCUACAUGUACCUGUAUCAAAGCACCAGCAUGUGUCUCUAUCGCUGACAGGAGACGUCACGGCACUGGAAAAACCUCACAGCUUGCUCGCUGCACAAUAUUUCAAUAGCACAAAAUACUGUUGCUUUUGCUGUUCAUGUAAUUUCCUUUUGCGGGAAUUGUUGUUCUUUCACGAACGUAUGGAAGUAUACACAUGAACAUGUAAAACAUGUAUAUAUGUGAUUUUCUGCCCUGGUGUUGGUACAAACAACAUUGUUUUAUAUCGGUAAUACUGUAUGAAGAAAAAGUAUAAACUGACAAUGCUGGCUCAAUACUUUUGCACUGUAAUGAAAAGAAAUGCUUUGGCAAAGAUAAAUGACAUCUUGCACUAUAAUUUUUUUUGUUUCAGGUUUUGUAGUUUACAGUUUCUUCUAGAUGUUUGAUAAUUAUCCUUAAAAAGUUGAAGUUUCCAUUUUAUACUGAGAGUUUUGGAGACAAAAUCAGACUCAACUGAAGGCGACAACAUUAAAAUGAUUUCAGACUGUCCUGUAAAUUCCACAGCACUUAUUGUAAAUACAUUGUUAAUUUGCUCGAGACGUUCGCUGUUUUCUAACCCGUGGCAGUUUGGGAUUGUGGCUCAACCAUGUACUUUAUAUAUUUUAGUAAAACAUUUGUUCGGAUUAUUUUGAAUGUUUAAUAUUUGAAAUUUGAAUUUCACCUCAGCAGGGAUUAUAUGUUGCUUUUUGAUAUGAAAAUUCAGCAUCCUGAGUGAUGUUUAGAAUAACAGUAUGGUAGAUUGCAAAGUUGCUGCACUCAAAUGGCUCUGUGGGUUAAACUCGUGGCCUUUUCUCUUUACAAUGUAGUGCUUACUGUGUUAAUUGCUACUGGUUCUGCUAAACUGUACAAUGAAUAAAGACACAUCCCAAGGCAUACACAA